UACCACUCGCAGCUCCAUUCGUGUGAGUUCGUCGCUUCCGCUCGGCGGACCUUGCGCGACGUAAUCGGGUGUGUGCGAAAGUAUGAAGUGAAAUCGUACCCAAAGUGUGUGAAAUGUUUAGUGGUAGUUUUUACUGUGUAAAAUUUGUGCGAACAAAAUGAGUGCAAACGGAUAGUCGACUUUCUUAUUUCCCGGAUUUAUAAACAUUGGACGGUAGUGGAACACGUAACAUUUUGUAGAAACGGAUUCAAAAUGGCUGUGUUUUGAUGGACCCUUUGUCCGAUUCGUGUGUUUCUUUCAGCAUGGUAGUGGGAUCCUACAGUCAGAAAUUUGACUUAGAGAGGGAAUGCAUGUCAUGUACCCGGAGCCGACGCACUAUCGCAAUCAGCCAGCCAGCCAGCCCUCGUACCAGCCGGCCGUCUCGCCGGCCCGCCACCAGCCUAAGAAGCGCCGCGCGCUGAGCCCCGUCUCGCGACACGCGGGUCCCGAUAACACUGGCUACAAGAGCAAGUGUUGGUCAGGCGUAGGGCCGGUCUGCUGCGCCGCGCCCGCCGCGCCGAGUCGCGCGUGCGAUGCUGAGCGGUCCCCUCCGCCCGCGCUACCGCCCGCUCCGCCCGCGCUCUGCGCACGACCGUGCUGUCGCGACGCGCCUGUCGGCGACACCAGCGACCAGCGUCGCGCCCCGCCGGCCGCCGGCGCGGCCGCUCGCCACAAGACGGCACCACAGGCAACGACGACGGCCCACAGCAAGACAGCGGCGGGCGGGGCCAACCACCCGCCCCAGCCGCAAGGUAACAAACGCUCUGGCUGUGGCGGCGAUGGCGACUACCAGCUGGUGCAGCACGAGGUGCUAUACUCCUCGUCUAAUAGGUACGAGGUGUUGGAGUUCCUCGGGCGAGGCACGUUCGGGCAGGUGGUGAAGUGCUGGAAGAAGGGCACCAACGAGAUAGUCGCCAUCAAGAUCCUCAAGAACCACCCCAGCUAUGCUCGCCAAGGACAGAUUGAGGUGUCGAUCCUCUCCCGGCUCUCGCAAGAGUCCGCGGACGAGUUCAACUUCGUCCGCGCGUACGAGUGCUUCCAGCACCGCUCGCACACGUGCCUCGUGUUCGAGAUGCUGGAGCAGAACCUGUACGACUUCCUCAAGCAGAACAAGUUCAGCCCGCUGCCGCUCAAGUACAUCAGGCCCAUCCUGCAGCAGGUGCUCACCGCGCUGCUCAAACUUAAGCAACUGGGGUUGAUACACGCGGAUUUGAAGCCCGAGAACAUCAUGCUUGUGGAGCCAGCGCGGCAGCCGUACAGGGUUAAGGUCAUCGACUUUGGCAGCGCCUCGCACGUCAGCAAGGCCGUCUGCAACACCUACCUGCAGAGUCGAUACUACAGAGCUCCCGAGAUCAUCCUGGGGCUAGCGUUCUGCGAGGCGAUCGACAUGUGGUCGCUGGGCUGCGUGGUGGCCGAGCUGUUCCUCGGCUGGCCGCUGUACCCCGGCUCCUCGGAGUACGACCAGAUCCGCUACAUCUCGCAGACGCAGGGCCUGCCCACCGAGCACAUGCUCAACAGUGCGUCAAAAACGGCCAAGUUCUUCUACCGCGACGUGGACAGCACGUACCCGUUCUGGCGGCUGAAGACGCCCGAGGAGCACGAGCUGGAGACCGGCAUCAAGAGCAAGGAGGCCAGGAAGUACAUCUUCAACUGCCUUGACGACAUCGGACAGGUUAAUGUACCAACGGAUCUAGAAGGUGGCCAACUCUUGGCCGAGAAGGCGGACAGAAGGGAAUUCAUCGAUUUACUGAAAAGAAUGCUCACUAUGGAUCAGGAACGGAGGAUAACUCCCGGCGAAGCGUUGAAUCACGCUUUCGUGACACUCGCACAUCUGGUGGACUACGCGCAUUGCAAUAAUGUCAAGGCGUCCGUGCAAAUGAUGGAGGUGUGCCGACGCUCCGGCAGCGGCGUGGGCGGAGUGGGCGGCGUGGGCGGCGAGUACGUGGGCGGCGUGGUGGCGCCCGCCGCGCCCUCCGCGCACCACCUCGCGCUCACCAUCAACCAGCAGCGCCUGCCGCCCGCGCCCUACGACAACCUGUACCAGCUAUACCAAGGCGGCCGCGUGGCAGUAGGCGGGGCGAGGCAGUACGCGACGCGAGCUGCGGAGCCGUUCCCGCACCAGUUCGUGUCAUCCAUCCUGUGUCCACCCGCCUACCAGGUGCAGCAACUAGCAGCGGCAGCAGCCGCAGCGGCGGCGGCGCACCACCAGCACGGCGUGGGCGUGGGUGGCGUGGGCGUGGGCGUGGGCGACGUGGGCGUGGGCGUGGGCGAGUGGCGCGCGCCGCUCAUCGUCGAGCCCGCGCCGCUGCCCGAGCCCGACGUCUGGGACUUCCACCCGCACCAUCUCCACCACCACCCGCAUAAGAGGGUUGUCAACAGAUCGACAAAGCAGCAGACGACGGUGGCCCACUACCAGCCGCAUCACCAAACACACCAAUACAGUAUGGCGAGCAGUGGGGGCAAGAAGGAGCCGACUCAGCUGUCGCCCGUGAAGAAGCGAGUGAAGGAAGGCACGCCACCCUCGCGGCACAACAGGCACACGCACGAACAGAACACCGGCAACAUCGGCGGCGGGCGCGCGUCGUGGGGCUCGAGCGGCGCGCACCUGGCGGCCGGGCCGGCGGGCGCCGCUCCCGCUCCCGCGCCCGCUCCCGCUCCCGCGCACGCGCACACCAUCACCAUCCGCGACACGCCGUCGCCCGCCGUCUCCGUCAUCACCAUCUCCGACUCCGACGACGACGAGCCCGCGCCCAUGCCCCACAACAGAGCGGGCGGCAGUGGACAGUGCCCCCCGGUGGCGGCGGCGGCGGCGCCCGGCGUGAUCUGCAGCGCGCGCUCGCCGCGCGACGACCCGCACGUCAAGCCCGAGCCGCAGCCCUGCCACCACCACCACACGCCACCGACUACCAGCGACGUUUACGAGUUUAUUCGUCAUUCGACACUGCGUUCUUCUAUCUUCGCUGUGUCACUCCACCACACCAACCGUCAGCCCCCGCGCCGGCGCCGGCGCGCGCGCAGGCCACGCCGCAGAGCCAGAAGAAGCGGCUGCUCGCGCUGGCGCAGCAGGAGGCGCACAAGCACGACCCGCCCGACCACCACCAUUACCAGCAGACCGGCGCCACCGUCCGGCCGACGAACGAGUACCAGUGCAACCAGUACGUGCCGACGCAGCACAACAAGAGGGAUAGUACGGGCGGGUGCCGCGAGUACUCGAGCGGCGCGGGCGCGGGGGCGCCGGUGGCGGUGGCGGGCGGGCGCGCCGCCCGCGCACAAGCAGCACGCGCACGCGCCGCACGCCGCGCACCACGCCGCGCACGCCUGGCACCACCACCCGCACAACCACUACAAAACUGGUAGCGGAGGCGUUCUGUCGCCGGCGGGAGGGGUAUCACCCGGCUAUUUACCACCGCCGCUAUACGUGCCCACCUACCAUUACCAUACCGGUGGCGUCGGCGGAGUGGGAGUGGGCGCGGUGGGCGCAGUAGCGGGCGGCGUGCCCCCGCCCGCGCACCACGCCAGCGCGCGCCUGCCCGCCUACCUGCAGCCCUACUCGCCCACCUACCUCGUGCCGCAGCACCCGCAGCAGCACCUCUGGUACACCGACUGAGCGCCGCCGUUACACACUACGGAACGGCACGCGAGCUGCGGGACUCCUCGGCGACCCGUAUCGACCUUUAUAUAUAUUCCUAGAGCUUUACGUGUCGGCUGUCCUUUCAAAUUUGAAUGUUGAAGUCGAUUUUUAAACUCGCACCUGACGAAUCAGACAUUAAGUUUUUAUUUUCAAAAACGGAUUAUGCUGAAUUAUUUAAUUUGUAUGAAUGAAAUUGUAUCCGGAGUCCCGUCCGGGGGGAAUGGCGGCCUCGAUCUAUUGAGCUCCGCCGACCCCCUCGACUCUAUAAUUGACUUUGCCGAUUUAUAAAAUACGCGACGUUUCGCCCGUGAUAUGUUCCGCGUUUGAAUAUAUUCGAUAUUUUGGUUCGAGUAGAAGUAUAUAAUUUAGCGGCGGAGACCCGUUUGACGUGUAGUCGAUAUAUUGUUGUAUUGAUUUAUUUUGUAACGAUUAUGUUUACUCGUGUACGCGCUAGGCGGUAGUGAUGUAGACUCGUUUGUUUAUCGCUGUAUAAUAUGGAUUGUAAAUUUUGCGUUAUAAUUUUUUUUUACUAAGAUUUUGCCGGUAGAGCGGAGAGUAGGUUGCAUUUACUAAUAUUUUUACUGUAGACGUUUAGUUGUUUGUACCAAAUCUUUAUAAUGGAAGAUGUAUUCGCGACGUGGGCCCCGCGCCUCGGGCCGCGCGGAGCGGUCUCGACUCGACUGUACUUUUAGUUUUACGUGACGGUGAUUUGUCAAUUAUGGUUUGAUUUUAAAUUGGUGCGGUGGCGAGUGUGUUUCGUUACGUUCCAUAUCACGUAGUCGCGAGACGUGUACGCCGUUUCCUACCUGUAUUCGUGUUAAUGGGAUUUUAUAAUUAUUGUGUAGAUAUUUACGUGUGGGCGCGGUGAUGGACUACUUGUAUAGCUUUAGAAUCAUAAAUUAAACGAAAUUAAAUUUAUCUAAGAAUUUUAUAUAAAAAAAACUUUAGUACGCACUAAUAGGUAAACUAUAAGUGUUAUAUGCAUGUAUAAAUCACCUUAGAUAGAAGAAAAAUUAAUAUUCUUUAAUAUGAAAAAAAAAAUCUAAUGCAAUUAUUUUACGACUGCAAUCUUAGUUUAUUCGGAUAGUUUAGUGAUGCUUAUUCGAUUUGCUAUAUCAAAAGACUGGGUAAUUCAGUUUUGCACAUAUUAUAAUGUACACUGCGUCUGGUCGGGUCCCAUUAUGUUUAUCACUAGUUUUAAUUCCCGUGUUCCUUUUCCGUAGUGCUCGCUCGCUCCAGACCUGAGUUGGGGACGAGUGGGCACCGUGGGCGUGGGCCGGGCAGCAUUAUAUUAGUCAUAUCGUACAAGUUCGUGUUAGCGUUCGAUUCGGCCCGGCCUCGCACCAUAUUAUCUCGCUUAUUAGUCGUAUAUUUUUUAGAUUUUAGCCUAAGUUUUAUUUACAUUAAUAAUCAAUUUUCUAAUCGCGGUUUCUUAUUUUACUCUAUUCUAAGUUCGGUCACUGUGUUUAUCCGACAGAUUUAUUUCGUGACGAAACUACAAUGUCUAUAUUGUAUUUAGAUCGUUUAAGUUGCUGCCCGACAAUAAUGAUUAUGUUUAGUUUUAUAUUCUUACGGUUGUAGUUGCUAUGGUGAACGCGUUAUAUUUUAUUUUAAUCAUUAAUGACAUUUGCAAACGGCGUGCGUAGCGCAACGACGUCCACAGAUAAAACUUUCGAAACUUUCAGAGUCUGAAUUUGUUAUCUCAACGUUUUCUAGACUCUGCUUUAAAUCACUCAUUUAGAUUUGAUACUCAUUUUCAUCUUUCUACGGAUAUUAUUGAGUGUCAUAUUGACUCACAUUAGAUUAUAUUUCUUUUGAUUAUAAUAAUUCUCCUAUAUUUUCUCAUUUCCUUGAAAAUAUAACUUUUGUUUUCAAAUGGGGCUUUAUCUUCGGCAUAACAGAACUGAUCGUCGUUUCGACUUGCGAUAUGUUGUGCCAGGCCCUCGAUAGCCUACGUUACUCCCUCCGCUUGUAUCAGGACAGUAUUCGUAUAUCUGAUGGUCCUGUAUAUCGAGUGAUAGAUGUAACUGAUCUGAGUAGGUGUAAGUGGAUGUCGAGCGCUCCUCGCGCCGCUUGCCGCUGCAGGCGAGAUGUCGGAGGCGUAGUCAAUGAUCUCUGUCCGUGCACUGCACGAGCGCUCGCGUGCCACGCAUAUAAUAUAUUAUAUUCAGUACGUUAUUUGCUCGCGACCCGCGUUCUGCGCACGCUCAUUUGCCUCACAUUCUUUUGUCUAUUACUAAGUCUUUAUAUCGGAGUUUUGGGGUUUAUUUUAUAAGUAUUUUAACUGAUGGAAUGUUAACAUAAAGUUUGUAACUAGAUCGGAUGUAGACGUAUUAACUUGACUUACUUAGUUCGUAUAUGGGGCGCAUCUGACGCGGCAUAGCAACAGCGUUUACUGUCCAUUGUGGUUCUGUGAUUUAACUCAUUAUUAUAUUAGUUCGUUGCAAACUGAUUAUUGUAAAUUUUGGGUUGUUGCAAUAAAAAAAAUUGUGUAUAAAAUUCCAUAUUUGCUAAGCAUCUGGAUGAGGUCAUGCCCCGUGUAUAUGUAUAUUUAGUCGUGCUAUGGUUUCAUCAUAACGCCUGUAUCUUAGUGCAUGGAUUAUGCUCCGUUUGGUAUAAUUAUUUUGACAAUAAUUUAUUAUCCUAUUCGACUUAUUACAAUGUACAAACACACUAGUGUGGGUUGAUUAUGGUCUUAUGUUUGAUUAUAUUAUUUUUGUAUGUGUAACUUUUGGUUGCACUGCCGCGGCGGCGUGCGCGCCUGGCGUGGCUCGCGCCCGACGUGGCGCGUGCCUGGCGUGGCGCGCACGGCGCAGCGGCACUUCCUCUGUGAUCGUCUCGUGUAGCGUUAGCGGUGAAACUGUAUCCUAGGAUUACGUUUGAUUUUAAUAAUUUCAUGUAACAAUUAACUGUGAGUACCUCAGGGUACGAGCCGAGAGCUAACUCUGUACAAUUAUGGGUAUUUUUACGUUUUAAUUUAGCGUUAGGGGCUUGUUCAACACGAGUUGAAAUGUUUUAACAUGUUUUGAAUUCGAUAAUGGGAAAUCAGGGAUCAGUACUGAUGUUGCUUAAUUUUAUCUUCAAUAAUCACAUAGUUAUUAUAGAGCAAAUGUAAAUAAACAUCCAGAUAUCCCUUU